UAAAUACUACAAACACAAAGGUAUGCUGCAAUUGGAUGUAGGGGCUUUUGCAAGUGCCCUAGAAUUUGCAUGUGAUGUUAAAAGUGAAAUUGUGGGCAAGCCUUCACAACAGUUUUUUGGUGCUGCUCUCGAUGAUAUUGGUGUUGCAGCAGAAGAGGUGGUGAUGGUGGGAGAUGACAUUGUCUCAGACGUUGGAGGAGCGCAGAAGUGUGGCAUGCGGGGAGUCCUAGUGAGAACGGGGAAGUACACAUCUCCUUGGGAAAACCAUCCAUAUGUGACACCAGACUUCAUCGCAGAUAAUCUUGCUGAAGCUGUUGACAAGAUUAUAGAGGCUCAUAAGAAAUAAGUUAGUUGCAAGAGGAUUAUUGAGGCUCAUAAGAUAUAGGCCAGUUGUAAGAGCAUUUCAGUUCCUCUCAUUUAUUUGUGGCAUUUUGAUAUUUUUGGAAGAGAUCAUGGUUGUAAUACAUCAUGAACUGAUUUGUUAUUCGUGAUUGUUGAAGCAAUAAAAAUAUAUAUAUUUUAUAAA